AUGUCAGAACCAAUUCCCGAAUCCGUCCCAACAUCCUUCGAUCCUCGCAACAAACGCCCAACCAAAAAGCGCGCUUUAACACCACGCUCAGAAACCGCAUCUUCAAUAUCCGCCCUCUUCGCGAAACCAGACCAAGUAAUCCAAGUUCCAGGCUCCACGUCCCUAAGCACACACCAUGGCGGUGCGCCUCCAGAAAUAGUAGCCAACGUCCAGGGAAGUAGUGCUGGAGCUGGAAGCGGAGAGUUCCAUGUGUAUAAGGCGAGUAGGAGGAGGGAAUAUGAGAGGAUGAGGGCGAUGGAUGAGGAGGUUAAGCAGGGGGAGGAGGGGAAGUUGUGGGAGAAGGAGAAGGCGGAGAGGGAGGAGAGGGAUAGGGAGAAGACUAGGAAGAAUAGGGAGAAGAGGGAGAGGCUGAAGAAUAAGAAGAAGGGGGGCAAGGCUGAUGAGAAGGCCGAUGGCGAGGGGAAAGUAGGCGGGAUGAAGCCGAGAGUCAGCAAGUUGGGUGGUGAUGAAAAUGAUCGGUCUGUUGGAGCAGGAAUGGAGGAGCAUGUCGGAAUUGAGCCCGUGGGGGUUAUAAUUCAUGAUGAUGAUUGA